CGUCACUCCAGUCAAUCUGAGCAAAUGAAGAUUCCCUACUGUCUGCAGUCCAGUGCCGACUCAGUCGACUCGUUAUAAAUGGCUCAGCACGCUACAGAUACGCUCCUGGAGCUAAAACAAAAAGUUGGCAGUUGUAUCGACGAAGCCAAGGACAGGCUUCAUUGUCUUAGUAAAGACAUAUGGAGUUGCCCAGAACUCGCAUAUGAAGAAAGAAAGUCCCACGACAGGUUAGUUACAUUUUUCUCAGAGGAGAAGGGAUGGACUGUGGACAGUCAUUUUAAACUCGAGACAGCAUUCCGUGCCAUAUGGGGACCUGUCGGUGGCAAGGAGAACAAUAAUGUCAUAAAUGUUGGUUUCUUGAGUGAAUAUGACGCACUGCCAGGCAUUGGACAUGCAUGUGGCCAUAACCUCAUUGCGGAAAUAGGAGCCGCUGCAGCCAUCGGAUUAAAAGCUUUGGUAGAACACACACCCGAUUUCCCCGUCCCUGUACAGGUGACAGUGUUGGGAACCCCAGCAGAAGAGAAUGGAGGGGGUAAAAUCGACCUGAUAAGGGAGAGAGCGUUUGAUGGCAUGGACGUGGUAUUCAUGGCUCAUCCCUCACAGGAGGAUGCUGCCUGGCUGCCAGAUGUGGCUGAACACGAUCUCAUAGUGAGAUACCAUGGCAAGGCAUCUCAUGCUGCAGCCUAUCCCUGGGAAGGGGUCAACGCGCUGGACGCUGCUGUCCUUGCCUACAAUAACCUUUCAGUGCUCAGACAGGAACUCAAGCCAGACUGGAGAAUCCACGGUAUCAUCAAGCAUGGAGGGGUGAAACCCAACAUCAUCCCUGCCUACACAGAGCUGGAGUACUAUCUCCGAACUCCCUUACGUAAAGACUUGCCCACCAUCAAGGCCAAGGCUGAGAUGUGUUUUAGAGCCGCUGCCAUGGCAACUGGCUGUGAAGUUGAACUGGAGUUCGCAAGGAAUACCUUUCACAAUGUCCUGCGGAAUCCCACCCUGCAUGGGUUGUAUGAGGUAAACGGCAAGGCUUUGGGGAUGGAAUUCACUACAGAUGAAGAUGUCCUCAAAAACACCUCUGGCUCCACGGACUUUGGCAAUGUGUCUUUUAUUGUUCCCGGAAUCCACCCUUACUUUUACAUUGGCUCAGAUGCUCUCAACCACACAGAGGAAUACACCGUAGCUGCUGGUGAUGAUAAAGCUCAGUUCUACACCCUGCGGGCGGCCAAGGCCCUGGCCAUGACAGCACUGGAUGUGCUGCUGUGCCCAGAACUGCUGCAGAGAGCCAGAGAGGAGUUAAAGGAGGCUAACCUAAAGGAGGAGCGGGCCCUGAGAGGGACCUCAGAGGCCAAACAUUGUGGAGGGGCAGCCCAGCACUGAACCACAUACUGUAUACUCACAGUAGGCUCUGGCAGAUAGCCUACCAUGUCAUCUCCUGCCCACCUGAUUCAACCAAUCAACUUCAUGAUCUUAUUGAAAUUAAUUACCUAACUUAGUGCGGGGCUAGAACAAAACCCUGUGAUCUGUAGCUCUCUAUUGACCAACGUUUGUGUUCACUGAUCUUUCUGGUCAAAGCUAACCAUAAUAGAGUGAAAUACUACUGAUCCGCUGGUCAGUUUUGAUAUUCCAACAGCUGAUGAUGGGCUAUUGAUAGGAGGAAAAUCUUAAUCAACUUGAUUUUCAGCCAUUCAUGGGGCCCUAAAAACACUAUUUGGUGCUUCUACCAAAGAUAUGAGUCUCUGUUAUGUGUGAGCACUUGAAUUGUUAUUAUCAUUACAUUAUAAAAACACCCUCAUUACAUUU